UCACAACGGCCCGCCCUUCCCGUCACACCGUGGCGCCGUAGGUCCGUAAACGCCUCAAUUUAACUCUUGGAUGCUUCUGUCGAGUCCAUGAACGUAUCUCGACAGUCACAUGACAGGCGGGCAGCUUGCUCUGACACUCAUCUUGCGAUCAUGCCGACCACACAGCAGUCGCCGCAGGACGAGCAGGAAAAGCUUCUGGAUGAAGCAGUGCAGGCCGUUAAGGUCCAGUCCUUCCAGAUGAAGCGAUGCUUGGACAAGAACAAGCUGAUGGAUGCACUGAAACACGCCUCCAACAUGUUGGGAGAGUUGCGGACCUCCAUGCUGUCUCCGAAAAGCUACUACGAGCUUUACAUGGCCAUCUCUGACGAGCUCCACUACCUGGAGGUGUACCUCACGGACGAGUUUGCCAAAGGACGCAAGGUGGCCGACCUGUAUGAGCUGGUCCAGUACGCGGGCAACAUCAUUCCCAGGCUCUACCUGCUGAUCACGGUGGGCGUGGUGUACGUGCGCUCCUUCCCGCAGUCUCGCAAGGACAUCCUGAAGGACUUGGUGGAGAUGUGCCGCGGCGUCCAGCACCCGCUCAGGGGCCUUUUCCUCAGGAACUACCUGCUCCAGUGCACCCGGAACAUUCUGCCCGACGACGGCGAGCACACAGAAGGGUCCGAGGAGAUGACGGGCGACAUCAACGACUCCAUCGACUUUGUGCUGCUCAACUUUGCCGAGAUGAACAAGCUGUGGGUGCGCAUGCAGCACCAGGGCCACAGCCGGGACCGGGAGAAGCGCGAGAAAGAGCGCCAGGAGCUGCGCAUCCUGGUCGGCACCAACCUGGUCCGUCUCAGCCAGCUGGAGGGCGUCAACGUGGACAAGUACAAGCAGGUUGUUCUUCCCGGCGUGCUGGAGCAGGUGGUGAACUGCAGAGACUCUCUGGCGCAGGAGUACCUGAUGGAGUGCAUCAUCCAGGUUUUCCCAGAUGAGUUCCACCUGCAGACCCUCAACCCGUUCCUGCGCUCCUGCGCUGAGCUUCACCAGCACGUCAACGUCAAGAACAUCAUCAUCGCCCUCAUUGACAGACUGGCGCUGUUUGCUCAUCGAGAAGAUGGACCCGGGAUUCCAGCCGAAAUCAAACUUUUUGACAUCUUCUCGCAGCAAGUGGCCACUGUUAUCCAGUCGCGCCAGGACAUGCCAUCCGAGGACGUGGUCUCCCUGCAAGUGUCUCUCAUCAAUCUGGCCAUGAAGUGCUACCCUGACCGCGUGGACUACGUGGACAAAGUGCUAGAGAGCACCGUGGAGAUCUUCAACAAGCUCAACCUGGAACACAUCGCGACCAGCAGCGCCGUGUCCAAGGAGCUGACGCGUUUGCUGAAGAUCCCGGUGGACACGUACAACAACGUCCUGACGGUGCUGCAGCUCAAGCACUUCCCGCCGCUCUUCGAGUACUUCGACUACGAGUCCCGCAAGAGCAUGAGCUGCUACGUGCUCAGCAACACGCUGGACUACAACACCACCAUUGUGGCGCAGGAGCAGGUGGACGCCAUCUUGAACCUGGUGUCCACGCUGAUCCAGGACCAGCCCGACCAGCCGGCGGACGACCCGGACCCCGAGGACUUCGCCGAGGAGCAGAGCCUCGUGGGCCGCUUCAUUCACCUGCUGCGCUCGGACGACCCCGACCAGCAGUACCUGAUCCUGAACACGGCCCGCAAACACUUCGGCGCGGGGGGAAACCAAAGGAUCCGAUACACGCUGCCUCCGCUGGUCUUUGCUGCCUACCAGCUGGCCUUCAGAUACAAGGACAACGCAUCGCUCGAUGACAAAUGGGAGAAGAAGUGUCAGAAGAUCUUCUCAUUCGCCCACCAGACCAUCAGCGCGCUCAUCAAGGCCGAGUUGGCCGAGCUGCCUCUGCGCCUCUUCCUGCAGGGGGCGCUGGCGGCCGGCGAGAUCGGCUUCGAGAACCACGAGACCGUCGCCUACGAGUUCAUGUCGCAGGCUUUCUCGCUAUACGAGGAUGAGAUCGGCGACUCGAAAGCGCAGCUGGCGGCCAUCACGCUGAUCAUCGGCACGUUCGAGCGCACCAGGUGCUUCGGCGAGGAGAACCACGAGCCGCUGAGGACUCAGUGCGCCUUGGCCGCCUCCAAGCUGCUCAAGAAACCCGACCAGUGUCGCGCCGUCAGCAUCUGCGCCCACCUCUUCUGGUCGGGCCGCAGUACCGACAAGAACCAGCAGGAGAUCCGUGACGGCAAGCGCGUGAUGGAGUGUCUGAAGAAAGCGCUGAAGAUCGCCAACCAGUGUAUGGACCCGUCGUUGCAAGUGCAGCUCUUCAUCGAGAUCCUCAACAGAUACGUCUGCUUCUACGAGAGGGAAAACGAUGCCGUGACCGUGCCGGUUCUGAACCAGCUGAUGGGGAAGAUCCGGGAGGACCUGCCCAACCUGGAGGCCAGCGAGGAGAGCGAGCAGAUCAACAAACACUUCCACAACACGCUGGAGCACCUGCGGCUGCAAAGGGACGCGCCCGAGGCCCGGGGGCCCGUCUACGAGGGGCUCGUCCUCUGAAGUCCGCCAGCGGUGACGGCGAUUCCCUCCAGUUCAGUUCAGCUUCGUCCGUGACGGCUCGGGCCAGCGUUGCAAAGCCCUUUGAGCUUUUAUUCCGGAUCCUCGAUAUUCAUUUACUAGUUCGCUCGUUGUCCUCACGAGCAAGCCAAUUCGCCGCACUCGAAGAAACAGUGUCUUACUAGUACAAACUUUUUCCACUAUUUGUGCAACUUUUGGGCUACUAGUGCAAAAACUUUACAAGUAAACUACUUUCCUACACUAGUUUUACGACAAGUAGGCAUUUGUCAUGCAAUAGUGGCCUCCCGAUGUUUAAAAUUCUAUUUCUAGUUUAGAACAGCACGAGUAGGUUCGCAAAACUUUAAAAUACUAGUAGGUGAGACAAACCACUUGAGAGCUAUGUGUUACUAGUGCACCUAGUUGCAUAAUAAGAUUCUAGCUAACCAAGAUUUCUCGAGGACAACUAAUGGUGUGCAGAUGUCUAACUUGGACGCAAUUAACCCUUUUGAGGAAUUUACCGUCCUCCAGUUGUUACACCGCUCGGUUGGCAAGUGGCCCCAAAAUCCCCACUUGUGGUUUAGAACGACUUUUGCAUCCUAGUAGUGAGACUAGUUGACAACUGCGUGCUGUUAUCACCAUUAGCUGCAUACAGAUUCUACUAGUUAACAUCUAGGACAUCACUAGUAGCAGCACGCAGAUGUCAGCUAGUGCACGGUAUUGCCUCACUAGUAACGUAGUUAUACUAGUGCGAAAAGAUGUACUAUUACACUUUUACAGUAGUAAGAAAAUUUAGCACUAGUAAAACGACGGAUUUAUGAGUACAAUGAUGCUUACUAGCAAAAAUGUUUCCACUGCAAGUGUCACUUUUGUCACAUUAGUUACUAUUUAAAUGUUUUGUGUCAUCCACUUGUACACUCCAGGCUCAUGCCCCCAAAAUGGACACUAGUAGUUCAUGACAACAUUUGUGCAUUUAGCACAACUUUGGCAUACUAUUAGGACAUUUUACUAGUAAGUCAGAGGUGUGUCGACAACUUGGUGCUACUAAUAGGACAUGUGCUAUAAUAAUGCUUGUAGCUAGCAGGUAUCACUUCACUAGUAGCCUGCAGAUGUCAUCAUACAUGUUGCUUUAUGGUUAAGAUCCAGUCCUACGAGUGUGCCAAUGUUGUCUUAUUAUUGACAACAAAUGGUGUACUAGUACAUGGAACCUGAACUAGGUAUCCUGGAUAUGGAAUCAAUGCUCAAAGAGCUGUAUGGAAAGCUAUUUGAGUAUAUAGUUUGACAUCCUUGACAAGAGGCCUACUAGUGCAUGACAUAUGCCUACGAGUACUUUUCAAAGGACAUUUGACUAUUUGAUAGUUUAAGCCCUACCUAUGAGUGUGCACUUUAUUCUCAGUAGUCACACAAGUACAUUUUGCUAGUAAACAUCUCGUUGCUACUAGUGCACGACACAUCCCUACUCGUUGAGCCUCGUCGUGUUAGUGCCACACAUUAGUUUAAUUGCGUACUAGUAUGCCAAGUGUGGACUAGGCGUGGGAAAAAGUGUUGCUUAUAAGACGCACUCAGUCUACUAGUGAGGACAACCGGUGCACUAGCACAUGGAUCUCAAGGAUAUGAAUAAAAGGUCCAAGGUGUUUUCAUAGGAAUCGACUUUGUCCCGUUUGUCUCGAGCUCGACUCAUGUCCACGCGUCCCGUAAGCCACGCCUCCCCUGAUCACGUGACAACCCCGCCGCCGUGGGCUGCCUUCAGGGUCCUCGGAAAAAAAAAAAAAAAAACGACAUCCACGCGCUUUGUGUGCGAGAAGAUAUUGCCUGCUCGUCUUUUGUUUUUGGUUGGAGGCGGCACGCGCGCUUGCCAGUCGUCGGGACUGAAUGAAAAUGAUGCUUGUCGCUAACAGAAAAUAAAUGAUACAUUCCUAAAUCCACUCGCUUUCUGUUAGUUUUGCAAACACAUUUUUUUUAAAAGUAUAGUGAUAAAGUCAACUAUUGAAGUUAAUCUAUUGAGUGUCUCACGUCUCAGUGCAAAAUUGGCAGUUUUGUAUGAAAAGAAUUUAAACGUUCAGCCAUCUCCACCCUUUUUGAAGACCAAAGUGUUCAUUUUUUUUUAACUUGUGGCUUGAGGUCAACGCCAGUCAUUUUCAUCAGUUAUUAAUUGUCACCAGCCAAAUCCUGACCUACUUUUACAAAAGUUAGGAACAAUAAAGAACGAAAACAUUGUUCGUACUGCUUUUCCGCACGUGGGUCGCGGGCGUGCUGGUGCCCGGCCCAACAGAGAUGCGGGGGUGUCUUCACCCCAUCGUGGGGAGGGGGGGCUCAAAUACCCAAACAACCUGAAGAUAAUUUCGGUCUUCAAUCAACCUUCUGGGCAUUUGGGGAGAAAGCCACGCUGGGACGGGGAGAACACGCAAACCCCAACCAGGCCAAGCUGGGUUCGAACCUGCAACCGCUUAACUGGGAGCCUGAUGUGUUAACCAGUCUGUACGGAAAACAUGAUGCAUUUGGGUUUUUUUUUUUUUUUUUACAUUUCUACUCCACCUUGGCAAGCGAGGAGGAAGAAGGGGUGGCUUGCAGCGUAAUGCAACAAGGAGCAGGAGGUCAUAGGUCGCCGUGCGUCUGGCCCUCGUGGUGCAAAUUUAAAAAAGUCAACAUCACCGCUAACAGGACAACGUCGAUGCAACGCUUGACAACCCCGCAAAAUGUUUGCGCCGAAGCUGCGAUUUGCUUUUUAGGAAAGUGUAAACUCACUUUUAUUGUCGUCUUUUUCAGAAAUGAAGGCUGCGGACAACUUUUCAAAG